AAAGAUAGUUAAUGCAAACUAAAUUCUCUGAAAAGGCAUAUAUAUUAGUAUCUUUAGAUCGCCUAAAGUUGGGUAGUUUGGUGAGCCGUCUAUGGGUAUUCACAGUGGUAGCAGUGAGGAACAAUAAAACUACAUUUCCCAUCACGCCACGAUUUCUUAGCUGCCUUGAGGGUGCCUGCUCCGAAGUGACUAUAUUUUCGAGGCUCUAUAUUAUGUUUUGUAACAAAUCUGUCCAUGUAUAUAAAUCCCUUGCAGAAAUAUAUCAUACAUGCAUAAACUAGUUUAAAGGCAAAGAAACUGUAUCGCUGGCGCCUACGCACUGGGGAGAACUGAAACAGGAAGCGAUUCCAAAGAUUCCAAGUAUCAGAUAUGUCAUCUGAGCAAUAUGAGAAACUCCAUGAGCUCUACAAAGAGCUAUAUACUAAGCUACAAAAAAUCCAGGAGAGACUGCAGAGCUGCUAUGGAGAGGAAAAGAAAAAACUGCUUAGAGAAUUUAGUGAAAAGCAGAAGGAAGCAAAUGAAAUGCUGAGUGAGAUGGAAUAUGAAUUAAAAUCUGCUCCACCAACUUUUCGUCAUCAAGCAGCAGGUCAAUUAAGAGCCUACAAAAGAGAUCUGGUUAAACUUCAGAUGGAAGCAAAUUAUAAUGCGCUUGAAGUUAGCACCAAAGAAAGAGAAACCUACAGUGUGGAAAAUGAGCAUAGUACACGCUUAGAAUCCCAAAGAGCACUUCUUCUCCAAGGCACUGAAAGCUUAAACAGAGCAACGGACAGUAUUGCUAGAUCUCAUCGUAUAGCAGCUGAAACUGAUGCCAUUGGCACAGAUAUUAUAGAGGAGCUAGGCGAACAGAGAGAAAAAUUGGAGAGGACCAAAGGACGGUUGGUGGGCACAAGUGAGAAUCUUAGUAAAAGCCGAAAAAUCCUGCGGUCCAUGUCACGGAAAAUUGUGACAAACAAGCUUCUGCUGUCGAUCAUAAUUAUUCUUGAACUAGCGAUCCUUGGUGGCUUAAUCUACUAUAAAUUCUUCAGCAAACGCUGAAUUUUUGAUCUACAACAGCUCAUCUGUAUUUUAGUAAAGAUGUCAUCUGGCACACAAGUUCUGUAAUGGCGCUGUUAUAAAGUGAAGAGGAGCUGCGUUUGAGCCAUUGAAUUCAAAAGCUGCUAAGCCAUAUUAUUGGUCACUUUUGUACUUUUUUUUUUAACUUCUCAUAUAUUAUUCUGUACUGAUGAAUUGUUUUUUUCUGGAUCAUGACCACAGUGAUUGUUUGCAAAUGGCAAGAAAACUUCUAAAGGAGUGUACUGAUAUAUGAUGUGAUCCAGUUUACCUUGGAUUUACUUAUACUGUAUAUAAAACUGAAUGAUUAUACUCAAUUUUUGCUUGUCUCAAAAGGUUUUGUUUUAAUAGACUUUAAAAUAAUGUUUGUAUUUAAUAAUAAUGAAAGUAAAGGGUGCAGUUUGAUCAA